AUGUCCGCCGCCUCCGUCGCUGUUGUGGCCUCGCUCGCCCUCUUCUCCACAGCCUCAGCCAAGCAGUGGAUCGAGGCAGCCGACUCAACCCCAACAUGGCACAGCAUCCUGCUCUCGGAGCAGUACGGUGUCUUCCGCUGCCUCGACAAUCGGGACGGCCGCAAAUCGCUCGGCAACCCGGUGCAGGCCUGGGAGUGUAACGAGAACAACAACCAGCAGUGGCGCUGGAUCGACGCGCUGGACCGGGAAGGGAACCUUCCGGCCGAGCAGCGGGCCAAGUUGCUUGAUGCUCAGAGAGAUCACCCGCCGUUCAUCUAUCAGCUGAAAGAUACCGAGCUCUGUCUCGGCUAUGCCAUGGACAGCGUCGAUCUCAGUAAGCCCAGGAUGGGGCCGAGCUGA